AUGUUGAGAAGUGUAUCUAGACUUGCCAGUAGAAGAACAUUUACUACUUCAUAUGUUGCUUCAGCCAAUUUUGGGAAACCUCAAAAUCCUCCUAUUGAUACUGAAAUCAAAUUAAAGAUCCAACCAAUUGUUAGAACUGGAGAAACACUCGAAGUUAAAAGAGCUAGAUUAUUAUACCAAUCUAGAAAAAGAGGUAUUUUGGAAAGUGAUUUGUUGAUGAGUAGAUAUGCUGAUGCUCGUUUAAAUUCCAUGACAAUGGAAGAAUUGGAUGAAUAUGAUAAAUUAUUAGAUGAAGCUGAUUGGGAUAUUUAUUACUGGGCCACUAAAAACUACACUGUGACUCCACUACCUGAUAAAUGGAAAGAUUCUAAAAUCUUGAAGGAAAUACAAAAACUUGCUGAAAAUGAAGAUAAAGUUAUCAUGAGAAUGCCUGAAUUAAACAUAAAGAAAGACUAG